GCUGCCAGAGGGUGGCCAUGGGGCAAGGGCUGUGGGGGCUCAGACCCCUCAUAUCAUGAGGUUUGCCCUGAGGCUCUGGCUGGCUUGUGGGGGAUGACUUCCUGCCCAGAGUGCCCAUUCACCCUGGCCAGAUCUCAGGGCUGGGACCUGGAAUGGGAAAGAACACCCCUCUCAUUCCAAACUGGGGGACUUGGGCACCUCCUUGCCCUUUUCCUGGGAGGACCCAGCCUGAUCUGGGUGGUGGCCCGCCUCCCAGUCUGUGACUCUCCCAGCCAGCUUGGCAUGGGUGUGGGCACCAUGAGUGCUGAAUGCUGCGACUCUGGGCAGAGUGGGGAGGUGCUGGGUCAUAGUGAAGCAAGGACUUCUGGAUCCGUGUGUUUGUGUCUGCAAACUCGUGUGUGAGAGAGUGUGAGUGGAUGUGUAAACAUCUGAGGGGUCAGUGUGUGUGUGUGUUUGUGAGAAAGUGUCUUUGUGUGAAUAUACAUAGUUGUGUACAAAAGUAUAUCUGUGAAUGUCUGAACCUAUGAAUUUGAAGUGUCUGAGCCUCUCUAUGAAAGUGUAUAUGUCAGUGUGUGUAUGGACUUGGGAGAAAACCUGUGUGGAUGUAUAUGCUGGUACAUAUAUGGAUUUAUGUGACAAUGCUUAUAUCUGUAUGUCUGGUUAUAUGUCAGUGUGUGUUGGAGAAUGUUAGACAAUGUGAGAAUCACAGAUGUGGUAUGGAGAUGAGGUGGUUAAAGGCACAGGCUUGGGAGCUAGACUGCCUGCCUUUGAAUCCUGGCUCAGCCAUUUACCAAAUAGCAACCUUUUUGUGCCUCACUUUCCUCACAAUAACAAUGGGGACAAUAACAGCAUCCAUCCUAGGGUUGUUGUGAGGAUUCAGUGAGGUAACCUGUGUAAAGCCCUUGGCCUGUUGCUCAGUUCCAAGUAAGUAUAAGCUAUUACUAUGUAAUUAGGUGUGUGAACGUACUUGCACAGAUGUGUAUCUACAUGUGCACACAGGCCUUGUCCAGGCCUCCAGGACAUGGUGGCUUUCUGGCCAGCCCUGCUGUCCUAUGUCUGGCUCUGAUACUCUCUCCCCCGCAGGCCCAGGUGGGUGGCAAAGCAAAGGAGGAAUGGAUUGUGGGCCACCUGCCGCCCUCCAGCCCCACCUUGCUGAGCCACCUGGCCCUGCCCGCCACCCAGUGGCCGUGUGCCAGCAGGAGAGUCUGUCCUUUGUGUCACUGGCCACCCUGCAGCCUCCAAGCCCUGUGUGUCUGGACCUCUUUCCUGUCACCCCGGAGGAGCUGCGGGCUCCUGGCAGCCGCUGGUCUUUGGGAACCCCUGCCCCUCUCCAAGGUCUGCUAUGGCCACCAGCCCCAGAAGGCCCAGACGCCAUGGUCUCCACCAGUGGGGGAAUACGGCCCAGCAGGGCUGGCAGCUGGCCCCACUGUCCCAGUGCCCAGCCCCCAGCUCUGGAGGGACCCUGGAGUCCCCAACACCCGCAGCCACAGCGCCGGGCCAGCCAUGGCUCGGAGAAGAAAUCAGCCUGGCGCAAGAUGCGGGUGUACCAGCAUGAGGAGGCCUCCAGCGGCCCUGAGGCCCAUGCCAUCUUCCUGGAGUCUGGCCAGGCCGAAAGGGAGCAGACUCUGAGCAUGGAGGAGCCUAGGCCACUGGAGCUGUCCAGGCCCACCCGAAUGGGCCUUGAGGGGGCUGAGCGGAGACGCUUCUCAGCCUCAGAGCUCAUGACUCGGCUGCACUCUUCCCUGCGCCUGGGGCGGAAUUCAGCCUCCAGGGCCCUGGCCCUGGGGCCUGGUGCUGGCCCAGCCCGGGAAGGGAAACCGUCUGCAAGGGAGUCACGCAGUGUGGAGAUGAGGAUGGAUAGUGUGCUGCUGCCAGCCUCUGUUGACCCAAGUGAGGGUCCUGGCAGCUGGCCUGAGCCCAGGCUGGAGACGCAGGAAGAGCCGGUUCUGGGUUCCAGGAGCUCCAGUGAGCGGCGCCAGUCGCGGUUCCUCCUUAACUCCGUCCUCUACCAGGAAUACAGCGACGUGGCCAGCGCCCGUGAGCUACGGCGGCAGCAGCGCGAGGAGGAGGGCCCGGGGGACGAGGCAGAGAGCGCAGAGGAGGGGCCCGGGCCACCGCGCGCAAACCUCUCGCCCAGCAGCUCCUUCCGGGCGCAGCGCUCGGCGCGCGGCUCCACCUUCUCUCUGUGGCAGGACAUCCCCGACGUGCGCGGCAGCGGCGUCCUGGCCACGCUGAGCCUGCGCGACUGCAAACUGCAGGAGGCCAAGUUUGAGCUGAUCACGUCGGAGGCCUCGUACAUCCACAGCCUGUCGGUGGCCGUGGGCCACUUCUUGGGCUCUGCCGAACUGAGCGAGUGUCUUGGGGCACAAGACAAACAGUGGCUGUUCUCCAAACUGCCUGAAGUCAAGAGCACCAGCGAGAGAUUCCUUCAGGAUCUGGAGCAGCGGCUGGAGGCAGAUGUGCUUCGCUUCAGCGUGUGCGACGUGGUAUUGCGCCACUGCCCGGCCUUCCGCCGCGUCUACCUGCCCUAUGUCACCAACCAGGCCUACCAGGAGCGCACCUACCAGCGCCUGCUCCUAGAGAACCCCAAGUUCCCUGGCAUCCUGGCUCGCCUGGAGGAGUCUCCUGUGUGCCAGCGUCUACCCCUCACCUCCUUCCUCAUCCUGCCCUUCCAGAGAAUCACCCGCCUCAAGAUGCUGGUGGAGAACAUUCUGAAACGGACAGCACAGGGCUCUGAAGACGAAGACAUGGCCACCAAGGCUUUCAAUGCGCUCAAGGAGCUGGUGCAAGAAUGCAAUGCCAGCGUGCAGUCCAUGAAGCGGACAGAGGAGCUCAUUCACCUGAGCAAGAAGAUCCACUUUGAGGGCAAGAUCUUCCCGCUGAUCUCUCAGGCUCGCUGGCUGGUUCGGCAUGGGGAGCUGGUGGAGCUGGCACCACUGCCUGCGGCGCCCCCUGCCAAGCUGAAGCUUUCCAGCAAGGCAGUCUACCUGCACCUCUUCAAUGACUGCUUGCUGCUCUCCCGGAGGAAAGAGCUGGGGAAGUUCGCCGUUUUCGUGCAUGCAAAGAUGACUGAGCUGCAGGUGAAGGACCUGAGCCUGAAGCUCCAGGGGAUCCCUGGGCACGUGUUCCUGCUCCAGCUCUUCCAUGGGCAACGCACCAAGCACCAGUUGCUGCUCAGGGCCCGGACCGAGAGUGAGAAGCAGCGAUGGAUCUCAGCCAUGUGCCCUUCUAGCCCCCAGGAGGACAAGGAAGUCAUCAGCGAGGGGGAAGACCACCCCCAGGUCCAGUGCGUCAGAACAUACAAAGCACUACAGCCAGAUGAGCUGACCUUGGAGAAGACUGACAUCCUGGCGGUGAGGACCUGGACCAGCGACGGCUGGCUGGAGGGUGUCCGCCUGGCCGAUGGCGAGAAGGGAUGGGUGCCCCAGGCCUACGUGGAAGAGAUCAGCAGCCUCAGUGCUCGCCUCCGAAACCUCCGUGAGAACAAGCGGAUCACAAGUGCCACCAGCAAACUGGGGGAGCCGCCUGCGUGAUGGGUUGCGUGGCCUGCGACACCAGCUCCAGGACAAGUCGGGAGGGGCCUGCAGGGUCUCCAUGCCCCAAGCCGCUUCUGUUGGGCAUGGGCUGGACACAGGAGAGGGCAGGGCCUCUAAAGGGCCUCCACUGUCUUCAGGGUCCUCAGUGCCCACUCUUCAGGACCAAGAGCAGUUUCUUCUUCUGGUAUGGGAACCAUGACAGGUGCCUUCUGAUAGCUGGCAAAGACUUGGGCUCUCUCCCUUGCAUGCCCUUGAACCUGCCUGACUCUUGGGCCCUCUGACAGGGGCCUGGCUGGAGAAGGCCCUGGUGUUGAUGGAUGUUGGGACCUAUGCGAAUCUUGGGUCUCCUCGGCCACCUCUCUUGGCCAGAACGUGAGUGGGCCCUGGUUGCUGUGACUUGUUUGUAAAUAAACUCCCAUGAUGCUUUU